AUGCAAUCGCAACCAGAGGCCAGUGCGUCUGAUACGUCAGAUUAUCCAUUGCAGAAGAUCGGACAUUACACAGACGCAGAGGACGCAGAAUCCCGCGACAGCGAUGAAUUGAGCUUCGACUUGGAAUUAGGCGAUGUGCCACUUCUGCCCGAACAUCACGGCAUGGAAGAGGCUCAGCCGGAAAAAUUCACGCGCGACCCUUCGUUUUCCUGUACACCGUCGGGAUUUUGUGUUUGGCUACGCGGCCCGAAACCCGCGCAUGUCUAUCGUAUUGACCCGUGCUUCCCGCGCUUACAGGCUGCGCCGGCGCGUCUGAUUGAUGCAAGGUUUCCGCGCAAAAGUUCAAAGAUCGCACUUCUGUUAGCCGGCUUGAUCUUUUGGAUUGUUGUGUUUUUUGCUUCUCUCAAAGCUUCCGUGGCGGGCCAAGAGAUCCCGGGCUACGGACAGCCUGUCAAGCUGUCGUGUCACCAUCGCUUAUGGAACAAUGCGACCAAUUGCGGUCUCAAUGGUGACCUGUGUCGUCCGUUUGAAGACCAGUCUUUCGCAUUUCGCUGUCCCUCGGGCUGCGCCGCGGCGAUUCUUCUUGAGCCAUAUGUUGUCGGCGGGCAGGAGUACAAUUACCGCCCUCUUGUAAUUGGAGGUAAACCAUUCAAGAUGGACGGUCGGACUAGUGGCAUCUACCGUGGCGACUCGUCUAUUUGCACGUCAGCUAUGCAUGCUGGUUUGAUUGAUGAUGCGACGGGCGGGUGUGGCAUCUUGCACCGCACCGGGGAGCAGAAGAACUUCAUUUCCGCAAAUCAGCACGGCAUUGAAAGUAUCGGUUUUGAGUCAAGCUUCCCGAUGUCGUUCCGAUUCACCAAGGAGACGACCUCGGGUUCCAGCGAAGGAAAACCGAUCAAAUGCUCUGACUCCCGUUGGUCGCUGUUUGCGUUCACCUUGAUCUGGACUGUAAUCCUAUCCCUGGUCGUAACUUCGGCACCGGCUUUCUACAGUUCGAUCUACUUCAUUGUCUGGUUCCAAGUCGCCAUGGCGUCUGACCCACCCUCCAUGGGAAGCAUCUACGACCUUGUAUCAAUUGCGCUGGGCCGCUUCCUACCCGGCGCAUUUGUUGGAUUCGUAUUGUAUUAUUUCUGCGUUCGACACACGCUCAAAAACCUGGAUGCGCAUUGGGACAAAACUGUCCUGUGGCUGGGUGGCUGCUGGGUCGGCGCCCUGAACACAGACACCUUCGACCGUAUCCCGAUCUCGCGUCUUACGCCUCACGAUAUCCAGCAACAACCUGGUGCUCUCACCGCUCUCAUCAUCGUCAUUGGGACUCUGAUCACAAUUGCAUUUGGUCAAGCGCAUUGUUACCGUCGUGAGGGCCGGUUCUUCCCUACGAUCAGCAUCUACGGUGUCCUCGUCGCGGUUGUUCUCAUCCUUGUUGCUGUCCCGCACAUGAACCUCCGUAUCCAUCAUUAUAUUCUGUCCCUCCUCUUCCUACCUGGAACAACUCUUCAAACCCGUCCUAGUCUCCUAUAUUCAGGCAUUCUUGUUGGUCUAUUCAUUAACGGUAUCGCUCGUUGGGGCUUUGACUCGAUCCUACAGACUCCAGGAGCCCUCCUCGACGGUGCCAAACUUGGCACCGUUCCACCAAAGAUUUAUCCUCCUUCAUUGACAGACAAGAACAACCUUGUCUUCUCAUUCCCGGAUAUUGAGCCCGGUGUUGAUGGUCUCAGCGUUCUGGUCAACGAUGUCGAGCGUUUCCAGGCGUUUCGACCCAAAGACGAUACGCCUUUGCCGGAUUUCACAUGGGCUCGUACUAAUCCCAGUGAGGUGGAAUAUUUCCGUUUUGGAUAUGUACACUCUAAAGCUUUGGGUGGUCUUUGGUAUGAGGACUUCUCUCCUCCCGCAACUUGGAAGGCUGAUGGGGAUUUCGUUUUCCCUGAUCCUGAGAUAUCGGAUUCUGGAAACUCUGAGUCAGAUUCCAAGUAG